AACUACCAAAAAAAGGUUUGUAUAAUUUCCAGUGAGAUGAAUUGGUGUAUAUUUUAUGUUAUAUUAACUAUGCACUGCAUUUAUAUUUGCGGAGGAACGGAAGAUGAGGAAGAAUUCUCUCAACUGAUUGUAGGAGGGUACCGCAGAAAUGACACCAAAUUCACCAAAUACAUAGUUAGUCUCAAAUAUGGAAAACAAUAUUACAUCUACGGCGAUAAUCACGUAUGUGCAGGGAUUAUCAUAUCCAUACGUAGUGUCUUGACGGCUGCACAUUGUUUAUGCAAAGUAAGGAAAAAAGAAGACAAGGUUAUCCAAGUGAAACCAGCCAGAAAGUAUACCGUAGUUGCUGGAUCAAAAUACCGCUUGCAGCUUAUAAGCACAACACAAUCCAUGGAAGUACAAAAAAUAUUUGUGCAUCCAAAGUAUGAUGAUGUCAGGUUAACUGCAGACGUAGGUUUACUGCUUUUGAAAAAAGAAUUUACAUUUGACGGUACGACUGUAGCUCCAAUACCUUUAGCAACUGAAACGCCUAAAAUUGACACUAAAUGUAUUGCAGGAGGAUGGGGAAUGGUAUAUUGGCUUGGUCCGACACCAGACAAUAUCAUAUUUGUUGACAUUAAUAUAUUAGAUGAGGACUAUUGUCAGGAUAUCUUGCCAUUCUUUGCUGUAGGUGUGAUCUGUGCUGGAAAUAAAAAAACUCCUCAUUUGGGUACAAACCCGGGAGACUCAGGAGGACCACUGAUUUGUAACGGAUUUGUGUGUGGAGUGGUUUCUGCUGGUAAGGCGGGCGAUAUGGCAUAUCCAAAUAUGUAUGCAGACGUGGCCUAUUACAGAGAUUGGAUACUUGAUCCCACUAGUGACGCGAGGCAAUCCUAUUAUUUCGCCAAAUUGAUUUUCGUUAAGAUAGUAUUGGUUGUAAGUUUACUGUAAAGUAGUGAUACUAUUGUACAGUAUAAUGACUCUUUUUAUAUAUAACGAAAACAUAUUUUAUAUUUAUAUAUGAUUGAUAUAGCAUAGAUUACAAAAGAUGGUUUGAACUUCAUAUAUACACCAAAAUAUGGUGUAUCAAUCACUAACAGCGUUAC